CCGAGUCUGCGCCCCGCGCCCUGCCCGCCAUGCCCCGCUGAGCCCGCGCGGCGCCGCGCCCCGGAGACAUGUCGCUGCUGUGCGUGGGAGUCAAAAAAGCCAAGUUUGACGGAGCCCAAGAGAAGUUUAACACGUACGUGACGCUCAAGGUGCAGAACGUGAAGAGCACGACCAUCGCAGUGCGGGGCAACCAGCCCAGCUGGGAGCAGGACUUCAUGUUCGAGAUCAGCCGUCUGGACCUGGGGCUGAUGGUGGAGGUGUGGAACAAGGGGCUCAUCUGGGACACCAUGGUGGGCACCGUGUGGGUCCCACUGAGGACCAUCCGGCAGUCCAAUGAGGAGGGCCCCGGGGAGUGGCUGACGUUGGACUCGCAGGUGAUCAUGGCGGACAGCGAGAUCUGCGGCACCCGGGACCCCACCUGCCACAGCAUCCUGCUGGACACCCGCUUCGAGCUGCCGCUGGACAUCCCUGAGGAGGAGGCGCGCUACUGGGCCAAGAAGCUGGAGCAGCUGAACGCCAUGCGGGACCAGGACGAGUACUCUUUCCAGGAUGACCAAGACAAGCCUCUGGCAGUCCCCAGCAACCAGUGCUGCAAUUGGGGUUAUUUCGGCUGGGGUGACCAGCAGAACGAUGACCCGGACAGUGCGGUGGAUGACAGGGACAGCGACUACCGCAGUGAGACGAGCAGCAGCAUGCCGCCACCCUACUACACAACCUCGCAGCCCAACGCCUCGGUGCACCAGUACGCGGUGCGGCCGCCGCCGCUCGGCUCCCGGGACGCCUACGAGGACUCCGUGCCCAGCUACGACGGGGACUUCGAGCCGCGUGGGCUCAGCCCCACAGGCAGCAGCCACUACGCCUCGUCGGGGGAGCUGAGCCAGGGCAGCUCGCAGCUGAGCGAGGACCUGGACCCAGAUGCAGCGAGCCUGCAGGGCUCUGAGCUGGAGGACGAGCGCGACCGGGACUCCUACCACUCCUGCCACAGCUCCGUCAGCUACCACAAGGACUCGCCACGCUGGGACCAGGACGAGGACGAGCUGGACGGAGACCUGGAGGAAGACCUGGAGGACUACCUGGAGGAGGAGGAGGAGGAGCUGGAGGAGGAGGAGGAGCUGGAGGACGAGGAGCUACCGGAGGAUGAAGAGGAGGAAGAAGAGGAGGAGGUGCCGGAUGACCUGGUCAGGUAUGCCCAGGAGAUGGUCGCUGUGUCUGAGUCCAAGGACUUCAAGCGCCUCAGCUUCCCGCCGGCUGCCCCCCAAGAGGACAAGGGCCCCCCUGAGGCCCUGGAGCCGCCCGGCCCAGAGGAGACACCCCCAGCAGAGCGUGUAGCCAAACCCGAGCCCCCCAAGGAUGAGGAAGGGCCGCAGGAGAGCCUCGAGGGCCAGGACUCCAUGUCCAGGGCCAAGGCCAACUGGCUGCGAGUCUUCAACAGGGUCCGGAUGCAGCUGCAGGAGAAGCCACGCCCACAACAGUCAGACCCGCUCAGCAAGCCAUCCGUCCAGGCUCGGGGAGAAGGGGAGUCCAAGUCGCUGUGGUUCAAAGGCGGGCCCGGCGGUGGUCUGAUCAUCAUUGACAGCAUGCCUGACAUCCGCAAGAGGAAACCCAUCCCCCUGGUCAGCGAUCUGUCCCUGGUGCAGUCCCGGAAAGCGGGGAUCACGUCGGCCCUGGCGUCCAGCACGCUUGACAAUGAGGAGCUGAAGAACCACGUGUACAAGAAGACGCUGCAGGCCCUGAUCUACCCCAUCUCCUGCACCACGCCGCACAACUUCGAGGUGUGGACGGCGACCACGCCCACCUACUGCUACGAGUGCGAGGGGCUGCUGUGGGGCAUCGCGCGCCAGGGCAUGCGCUGCACCGAGUGCGGAGUCAAGUGCCACGAGAAGUGCCAGGACCUGCUCAAUGCCGACUGCCUGCAGCGCGCGGCCGAGAAGAGCUCGAAGCACGGCGCGGAGGACCGCACGCAGAACAUCAUCAUGGUGCUCAAGGACCGCAUGAAGAUCCGAGAGCGCAACAAGCCGGAGAUCUUCGAGCUCAUCCAGGAGAUCUUCGCCGUGACGCGGUCGGCGCACACCCAGCAGAUGAAGGCGGUCAAGCAGAGCGUGCUGGAUGGCACCUCCAAGUGGUCGGCCAAGAUCAGCAUCACGGUGGUGUGCGCGCAGGGCCUGCAGGCCAAGGACAAGACGGGUUCCAGCGAUCCGUACGUGACGGUGCAGGUGGGCAAGACGAAGAAGCGCACCAAGACCAUCUACGGGAACCUCAACCCCAUCUGGGAGGAGAACUUCCACUUCGAGUGCCACAACUCCUCAGACCGCAUCAAGGUGCGGGUGUGGGAUGAGGACGAUGACAUCAAGUCCCGAGUGAAGCAGCGCUUCAAGAGAGAGUCCGACGACUUCCUGGGCCAGACCAUCAUCGAGGUGCGCACGCUGAGCGGGGAGAUGGACGUCUGGUACAACCUAGACAAGCGGACGGACAAAUCGGCUGUGUCCGGAGCCAUCCGGCUGCACAUCAGCGUGGAGAUCAAGGGCGAGGAGAAAGUGGCCCCCUAUCACGUCCAGUACACCUGCCUGCACGAGAACCUGUUCCACUUCGUGACAGACGUGCAGAACAACGGGGUGGUGAGGAUCCCCGACGCCAAGGGCGACGACGCCUGGAAGGUCUACUACGACGAGACGGCGCAGGAGAUCGUGGACGAGUUCGCCAUGCGCUACGGCGUGGAGUCCAUCUACCAGGCCAUGACCCACUUCGCCUGCCUGUCCUCCAAGUACAUGUGCCCGGGCGUGCCAGCCGUCAUGAGCACGCUGCUCGCCAACAUCAACGCCUACUACGCGCACACCACCGCCUCCACCAACGUGUCCGCCUCCGACCGCUUCGCCGCCUCCAACUUUGGGAAAGAGCGCUUCGUGAAGCUCCUGGACCAGCUGCACAACUCACUGAGGAUAGACCUGUCCAUGUACCGGAACAACUUCCCAGCCAGCAGCCCAGAGAGACUCCAGGAUCUCAAGUCCACCGUGGACCUUCUCACCAGUAUCACCUUCUUUCGGAUGAAGGUCCAAGAACUCCAGAGCCCUCCCCGAGCCAGCCAGGUGGUGAAGGACUGUGUGAAGGCCUGCCUCAACUCCACUUAUGAGUACAUCUUCAACAACUGUCACGAGCUCUACAGCCGGGAGUACCAGACAGACCCGGCCAAGAAGGGAGAGGUGCCCCCGGAAGAGCAGGGCCCCAGCAUCAAGAACCUGGACUUCUGGUCCAAGCUGAUCACCCUCAUCGUGUCCAUCAUCGAGGAAGACAAGAACUCCUACACGCCCUGCCUCAACCAGUUCCCUCAGGAGCUGAACGUGGGUAAGAUCAGUGCAGAGGUGAUGUGGAACCUGUUUGCCCAGGACAUGAAGUACGCCAUGGAGGAGCACGACAGGCACCGGCUAUGCAAGAGCGCCGACUACAUGAACCUGCACUUCAAGGUCAAGUGGCUGCACAACGAGUACGUGGCCGAGCUGCCCGCCUUCCAGGACCGGGUGCCCGAGUACCCCACGUGGUUCGAACCCUUUGUCAUCCAGUGGCUGGAUGAGAAUGAGGAGGUGUCCCGGGACUUCCUACAUGGCGCCCUGGAGCGGGACAAGAAGGACGGGUUCCAGCAGACCUCGGAGCACGCCCUGUUCUCCUGCUCCGUGGUGGACGUCUUCUCCCAGCUCAACCAGAGCUUCGAGAUCAUCAAGAAGCUUGAGUGUCCCGACCCCCAGAUCGUGGGCCACUACAUGAGGCGCUUCGCCAAGACCAUCAGCAACGUGCUCCUGCAGUAUGCCGACAUCAUCUCCAAGGACUUCGCCUCUUACUGCGCCUCCAAGGAGAAGGAGAAAGUGCCCUGUAUCCUCAUGAACAACACCCAGCAGCUCCGAGUGCAGCUGGAGAAGAUGUUUGAGGCCAUGGGAGGGAAGGAGCUGGACGCCGAGGCCAGUGACACCCUCAAGGAGCUCCAGGUGAAACUCAACAACGUCCUGGAUGAGCUCAGCCGCGUGUUCGCAACCAGCUUCCAGCCGCACAUCGAGGAGUGCGUGAAGCAGAUGGGGGACAUCCUGGGCCAGGUGAAGGGCACCGGCAACGUUCCGGCCAGCGCAUGCAGCAGCGUGGCCCAGGACGCCGACAACGUGCUGCAGCCCAUCAUGGACCUGCUGGACAGCAACCUCACCCUCUUCGCCAAGAUCUGCGAGAAGACGGUGCUGAAGCGGGUCCUGAAAGAGCUGUGGCGCCUGGUCAUGAACACCAUGGAGAGGACUGUCGUGCUGCCGCCGCUCACUGACCAAACGGGCACUCUCUUGAGAAAACAUGGCAAGGGAUUAGAGAAGGGCAGGGCGAAACUGCCAAGCCACACAGAUGGGACCCAGAUGAUAUUCAGCGCAGCCAAGGAGCUGGGCCAGCUGUCCAAACUCAAGGACCACAUGGUACGGGAAGAAGCCAAGAGCCUGACCCCUAAGCAGUGCGCCGUGGUCGAGCUGGCCCUGGACACCAUCAAGCAAUACUUCCACGCGGGUGGCGUGGGGCUCAAGAAGGCGUUCCUGGAGAAGAGCCCGGACCUGCAGUCCCUGCGCUACGCCCUGUCCCUCUACACGCAGGCCACCGACCUGCUCAUCAAAACCUUCGUGCAGACGCAGGCCGCCCAGGUCCAUGGUGGCCGAGGGACUAGGUUUACUCUUAGUGAAGACAUUUACCCCGAGAAGGGCUCAGGUGUGGAGGACCCCGUGGGUGAAGUCUCGGUGCAUGUGGAGCUGUUCACCCACCCAGGCACCGGGGAGCAGAAGGUCACGGUGAAAGUGGUGGCCGCCAAUGACCUCAAGUGGCAGACGUCCGGCAUCUUCCGCCCGUUCAUCGAGGUUAACAUCAUCGGGCCGCAGCUCAGCGACAAGAAGCGCAAGUUCGCCACCAAGUCCAAGAACAACAGCUGGGCCCCCAAGUACAACGAGAGUUUCCAGUUCUCGCUGAGCGCCGACGCGGGCCCCGAGUGCUACGAGCUGCAGGUGUGCGUCAAGGACUACUGCUUCGCGCGCGAGGACCGCACGGUGGGGCUGGCGGUGCUGCAGCUGCGGGAGCUGGCCCAGCGCGGGAGCGCCGCCUGCUGGCUGCCCCUCGGCCGCCGCAUCCACAUGGACGACACAGGGCUCACGGUGCUGCGCAUCCUGUCGCAGCGCAGCAACGACGAGGUGGCCAAAGAGUUCGUCAAGCUCAAGUCCGACACGCGCUCGGCCGAGGAGGGCGGUGCCGCGCCUGCGCCCUAGCGGGGUGGACGGGCGGGCGGCACUGCGCCUGCGCUCCCGCCUAGAGCCUCUGGGCGGGGCUGCAUGGAAAUGAGGCUGCGCCUGCGUGCUGGACCCUCCGGGGCGGGGGCGGGGCUGCGCGGUGGAAUGGGAGCCGCCUCGCCGCCUGGAAGCCCCGCCCCUUCUGAGGCCACGCCCAGUGGCCGGUUGCCUUCCAGCUGGGUCUGCGGGCCUGGGGUGGGGGGUCCCUCCUGUCCCCUGGAAAGCCAUACAGGGGACCCCAGGCCUCGGGCUCCAAGACCAAUUGCCAAACAUGGAGAUUUGGGCUCCCUGCGGUGGGUGGGAGGUCCCGGGUGGGGUCUCUGGGGCCCCGGGAUGCUGGUGGCCAGGGACCCGAGAGCUUCGUGCUGUUUGUGCUAAAAGAGGGAAGAGUGAGACGGGUGGGGA